UCACCGGACAAACACUGCUGCCACAAGUCCAAACGGAGUGAAACAGUGAGAAACAGAGAGGCAGAUUCACACGUAUGAGGAGAGAAGCGGACUGUAGCAGGAGAGCGUUGUGAUUGUUUGGGCAACAGGAGCUCGUGGUGGCCAACAAGAGGGCAGUCAAGCCUGAGGAGAUGCUCUGAGGAAGUGUGCCAAGCGAUGGAGCUUAAAGCAGCCAACAGGCAGGCACAAUUAGCCAGAAUGGAAGACCAGGACAGAGUAAGCCAAGCUUCCAGUGUGGCCACCAUUUCCUACUUUCCCGCCAUAAAGGAAAGUGAUGGAAAGGUACAAACAUUUGGGAAAAGAUGUCAGGCUGCCAAGAGAGACCCCAACUGUCCUGUGGUCAUCAGAGGAUGGCUCAACAAAAAAGAUAGCUCUGGCUUGAAGCUAUGGAAGAGAAGAUGGUUUGUCCUCUCCAACUACUGUCUGUUUUACUAUAAAGACAGUAGAGAAGAGUCUGUGCUCGGCAGCAUCCCACUCCCAAGCUACAAAAUCCUGUUCUGCACACCACGAGAAUGCAAGAACAGAAAGUUCACUUUCAAGGUGGUGCACCAGGGAAUGCGUUCUUACUUCUUCAGCGCUGACACUCAGGAGGACAUGUUGGGUUGGGUCCGAGCCCUUAGCCAAUCUGCUGCAAUGGAGCCAGACAGCACCAUGAACAGGCGUUGCUCAAGUUAUCAGGAUUUCACACAGAUAGGUGGCAGCAGUGAAUCAGUGGACUUCCCUAAAUCUCCCUCUGAUGGAGAGGGUCCCUCCCAAAAACACAGGCACGUCAACAGGACUCUGAGUGAACCGAGUCACCUCACUGGCGGGAGGAUGGGGAUGUCGCACUCAGAGCAGAGGGGGAGGCGGAGUGGGCGUCAGAGAAACAGCAGCCCCUCAGACAGAACAUCCACCCCCCCUGAAUUCAGCAGAGGAAGAGCCUGUGGUCCAGAUCAAGAGGAGGAUUCUUUUCCUGGCCAAAACACACCACCCACACAAACGGAAAUUAUGGGAACGGGUUCUUUGACCUCCAGAGGUCAGCUGGGGUCACGACCUCAUACACCAGUUGGAAGGGUUGACAUUCGACCUCACGAUGACCCACUCAUGGUGCCACAGACCCUGUACUAUGCACCUGCCUCACCUAAGCUGGAGUUCAAAUCCACUCCUAAUACUCCCGUCUCAGAAAGGUGGCAAAACCUAAGCAAGCCUACACCUACAUAUGGCUCAGUUCAUCAUAUCCCGACUGGGAGAAGACCUUUAGGAAAGAGCUACUCCACAGGGGCACAUGCAGAUUUACUGCCCCCUUUGCCACCCUCAUCGAGAGCCGCACAUGCUCCACACCCCCCACACCACCACCACCACCAUCACCACCAUCACCGCAGCCAUUUAUCUGUUUGUGUGCUACCGCCAGCUAUGCCCCCGAAGUCUGACCCGAGGGAAACCCCACCAAUCAGACCUCUUGAAAGUGAUGCAGAUGCUGUGUUGACAAGGUUGUGCGGGUGUGACAAGCUGCUACAGUCACUGUCUGUAGAACUGGCUCAGCUGCAAAUGGACAAGGAUAGUGUCCAGUGCGCAUUGGAAGUGUCAAGACUGCAGCUGGAGGAGUGGCAGAGCCAGGGGCCCCGGGCCCAGGAAGAAGUCCUGGCGCAGAAGGCUUUUCUCCAGGAAGAGCUGGUCACAAUCCGGGCCAGGAUGUGUGACGUAUCAUUGGAAAUGGAGAGGGUGUGGAGUCAGUACGAGAGAAUGGAGAGUGAACUGUCUGUUAUUCGCUCACACCUUCAGCACAUCUGUAACUUUGGAAUGCCACAGGAGCAGUCUCAGGCUCAGAGAGAGCUGUGGAUGAUGGAGGACAUCCUCGCUGGACUGAAGGCCAACAGGGAUCAUUUCCGCUUCUUGCUGGGACUACAGAGGCACCACAUGUUCCAGCCGACAACCCCGCACCCUGGAUCCCCUGGCUCUCCCACAGAGAGGCUGCAGAGUGGACUGCCAAUGGAUGAGGAACAAGAGCCACCAGUCCGCCCAGCGUUACCUCUGGAGCUACAGGAUAUCCAACAGAGCAGGGAUCACAGCCACGGCUAUGCAGAGUCACUAUAUGAGGGAAUCUACAGCCACGCUGUUGAUCCUGCACAUAGGAGAGGGAACAGUCAGCCUGACCUCCUUAACAUGAAAGCACAGAGAGAUGCAUCCGAAUCUCAGUCUGGCUCAAAGUGGAACCCACCAGACACAACCAACCAAUCAACCAAGAAGAUGAAGAUGAGUGAAGAAGAGCAGAUUGAGAGGAUGAAGAGAAAUCAAGAGAGGCUGACUAAUAGGAAGAAACCUCCUCUACCCGCUCCAGGUGCACAGAGUUCAGAAACACGAGAGGAGGCCCCGUUUCCUUUAAGGGUGACACGAGUUGUUACAGCUGUACUGCCGUCCUCUCUUGUGGCCCGACGGGUUUCUGUUGAGGAUCCACCGGCUGAGCUUGACCCUCCACUGCCUGAGCAGAUCUCACCUGAGAUGCAGCAAAGACUGGCUGAGCAGGGUAAAAAGAUGUUGAAUAAGCCACCUAGGCGUCUGCAGCUGGAGAGCCCUGAUCAAAAUCAGUCUUUGGCAGAGAUGCACCAGGAUCAGCCCAUUAAAAGGACAAGCAGACAGCAGCAUCUGGGAGUACUGAGGUCUUCCAAGAAGGAGUCUCGGCUAGAUGAGAGCAGGGCUGAGUCUGUAGAAACCUCAAUCAGGAAUCAAGUUCGAGACCACGCAGGUUUGGGAAAUGGAAGAGAGGACUCGGAUACCAGGGCAGAGGAACAGCCCCCUGUCCUCCUGACCCCUGACAUCGACCCUGACCUCUGUCUGACCCCUGAACAGAGAGAGGCCAAACUCCGACGUGUGGAGCGAAUACGGGAGAGAGUCAUACGAAGCGCAGUCAGAGAGAGUGUUACUACACACAGUCAACUACCAAUCAGGGGGGAGGGGCAGGAAGUUCACCAGGUGCCCCAUGACACAGCUAGAAAACAAAGGGUGAAAUCAGACCAACCAUCUUAUGAUGGUUAUGGAACCCGUGGGGAUAACACAAGAAGUCCUACAGAACUUCAGCUUUCUAGUGGAACAUCUCAGGAUGAAGACGAAAGAGAUGGACAUGUGAAAAAAUCUAAAAGUCCAGUCAAGUCUGGGGACAAAACACAAUGCAAAGACCACAGUGGAAGAACAGGAGUUGCCAAAACUAAAAUCAAACGUCCAGCCUCACCAUAUCAUAUCUCAUCUAUGACUGUCUACCAAAAAGAUGGAGGCAAGGGGUUUGUAAGCUGCAAGGUUGAAGAGGAGAAAAAGCUCAAAGAACCUGCUGAUGAUGAUGAUGCUGAAAGUAAUUUUUCAUCCUCCGAUCUGAGAGCCAAGUGGUUCCUCUCCACCAACCAGUGGCAAGGGUUCAUACCUUUACAGAUCCCUGGCAUAGACUCAUUGUGCAACGAGGACAUUACAGACAUCAAACAACAACCAGCAUGCACUGAUGAUGUGACUGAUUCCACUGAAAUGUCAUCCACAGUGUGUGAAAGUUUAGAGAAAAUGAAAGAGAACCAUUCACUCUUCUACAAGAUUGCAUGUGACAUCAGUAUCUCAGACACAGAUAUAACAAAGAAUGAUGGGAAUACCAACGUCCAAAUGUCAUGUGGGCCGGAGGAGGAAGAAGAACUGUUGAUCACUGAAUCGGUACCAGAUGACGCAACCAGUAAUGUUGGGAGAUCUCCUAACCAAGAGAGCAAAGAUUCCAGCCUAAGUUUGCCAUCAGAUGUUGACGAAAACAACCGCUCAACUGAUAAAGUCCAAGAUUCAACACUGGAAACCCAGGGCAAAGCAACAUCAAAUACCUCAGCCAGUCCAGCAAAAGAGGCAUGUGUUUAUGAAGAGAUCAGGCAAAAAGAAUGUGAAGACACUUCAAGACAAGAGAGCCUGCUGAAAGUCAAAGAAACUAACAAUGGAGAUGUUGCUCAGGAUGUUGAUUCUGACAAAGCCCUGGAUAAAUGUGCAAAAGAAGAGCACAGUUUGGCAAAAGAGUCAGAAGAUAGGAAGGUGGACCAAGAGAGAUCCAAGGAGCUGAAGAAGUCUAGUAGUUUAAGUGAGGAGAACAAAGAGACAGUCCAAGAACGAGGUGACAACAACUCCGUCGCUCCGUCCAGCUCUGUGUACCAGGGCGGAAAAAUGAUUCGGAGCGCCUCUUUUGGGAAGGCACGAGUAACAGUAUUAAGGACAAGUUUGUAGGAGCAAGAACAGUGGUGGCUUAAGGAGCUUAAAUGAACGAACUUGGGAAGGACGAGAACACAGUUAAGUGAUUUAUGGUAAAGGAAGAUGCCCCAGAAGGACAACUUAAAGUGACUGAAGGAAACUGGACCUGACUUUGAGUUAGAUGCAGUAAAAUGGGAACAUAAAAAAUCAGAAAUGGACAUAAUCUUUGAUAAACUUGAACAUUUCCAUUAUUCAUAAUAUGUGGUUUGAAAUGGAUGCAGAUAAAAGAGUCUUCAUCAAAACAAAAACUAUGUAUGAAAGUAUAGUGUUGUUCUUGCUUGGUAAACACCAAAUAUCUUAUGUAUGGUUGCAGUCAUGCUCAGAAUUUGAGGUUAACACUUUCAUUCCUCUCCAAAUAUACACCUAACAUCACAGAAAUUAUAGAUGAUGGCUGAUAAUGGAUGGCAAUGUAACCCUGUUAUUGUCACUGUAACAAAAUGUGUUUUGUAUCUCAAAUAUCCUGAUUAAUAAACAGGCUGUG